AUGGGUAUCAGUAGCCAGCGCAACAAUGGCAUCAGGGAGAAUUGGAAGUGCGCCCUUAUCUGCUUGGGCAUGGCCAUCGCGACAACACAAUAUGGCUUCGACGUGUCUAUUGUCGGAACUUUCCAGACGAUGCCCGGCUUCCUAAUGACCUUUGGGUAUGAAGAUCCCUCUCUGAAAGGAGGUUGGGGUAUUUCGACGAGGGAUCAACAACUAAUCGCAUCGUUCUUGAAUGUGGGCACACUUAUUGGAGUCCUCUUUAUUACACCUUUCGGACGUUACUUUGGUCGCCGACACGGAAUAUGGAUGGGAACUCUAGUAUCUUUUGCGGGAUGCGCCACUCAGAUUGCUGCAAAUUCAAUUCAAAGUCUGUGUGUUGGACGAGCGUUAAUGGGGGUAUCGAAUGCCUUCUUCAUCACAUUUUCUAAUGCGUAUAUCGUGGAAUGUGCACCGCCUAAACUGCGUGCCGUCUGCUCGGCUAUGUUCGCUAUCACAAUCAAUAUCGGAACCAUAAUCGGAGCAGUUGUCGACGAAAAGACUUCCCAUAUGAUGAAUAGGCUCUCAUAUCAGAUACCUCUGGCUUGUCUCUUCAUCUUUCCUGCGUUCUUAAGCAUUUUCAUCUUCUUUAUCCCGGAAUCGCCUAGAUGGCUUAUGCUUCACGACCGCCGCAAAGAGGCUGAACAAUCCCUUGCUUUCCUACGUGGGAACUCACUCGAGCCCGAGUAUUUGCAAGAAGAGCUUGUCGAGAUCAUCCGAGGUGUAGAGGAAGAAAAGCUCAAUGCAUCUUCAUCAAGCUUUCUGGACAUUUUCAGAGGAACUAACCUACGUCGCACAAUGCUAUGCUUGGCGAUUGUAGUGUCGCGCGCCGCAUCAGGUGUAUGGGUCUUCCUGUCUUACGGUACUUAUUUCUUCCAGCAGGCAGGCGUAGAUGACGUCUUUAAGGUUGGAAUUUACACGAUGACAGUACAACUUGUCGGUGUGGUAGCGGGUUUGUAUUGUGCAUACAGAGUCUGGGGGCGCCGAACGAUGUUUUUGAUAGGCACAGGAGGUGCAAUAAUAUCCAUGGCUGGACCGGCCCUAGGAGCGACGAUCGCACCGGACACACCGGAGGCCGCAAAGGCAUUUCUCGCUUUCACUUUCUUUUAUGUUAUCGUGUAUUGCGGUUUCGCAGGCUCGAUGACGUGGCCCAUAUCAGCCGAAGUUGUGAGCUCGCGCUUGCGAGUGGUCACCUUGUCCUUUGCUACUGGAGUGGACUAUGUCUUUGCUUGGCUGAUUUCCUUUUGCUCGCCAUAUUUUCUCAAUCCGACAGCCUUGAAUUGGGGGGCGAAAUAUUGCUGGAUCUGGGCCGCGAGCAACGCCUUGACAUUUGUUUUCAUCUGGAUGUUUUUGCCCGACAUGAAAGGCAGGUCCUUGGAGGAAAUAGACGAACUGUUCAAAAAGCGAGUGGCUACUCGAGAUUUCCCCACAUUCGAAUGCCAAUCUUCUUCGCAGGCUCACGAGAUCGCGCUUCAUAAGAUGGAAGAAGCAAAGGUAACAACUCAGCACAUUGAGAGAGAUGGUUGAUAGGUAGGCUCGAAAUUGGAGAGUUCCUAUUUGUAAAUUAACGAGUUAUUUCUCCGGGGGUUAUUCCCUUAUUUUAAAGCCCCGUGUCCUGAACCCCGACAUAUCCAGCGAUGCCGCAAAGUGGUUGCGUCGGUGGCGUUGAAAAUACCCCGAAAAUUGCGUCGGGGACCUGAUUAGCGAGGUAGAUCAUACAUAAUAGGCCGCUCUAGCGGACGGGUAAGCCCGCACUGCCCUGUAUUUAAAAAAAAUAUAUAUAUAUUUAGCGAAUAGCGAAAUAGCGGUGUUCGAACGGACGCCUCGUUAACGGCAGACAUUGUGUGAAACUGAAAACAGCUUGUUAGUCGAGGGAAGAAUUUCGUACAUAUGCGAGUAAUACCGUCGCAGUGAUGCAUUUUCGGUGUAUAGUCAUGGUUUGAGAAGAAGUAACCAGGUCCGCCGCAAGUUAUUCGAGGGCAUCUCAUGUGAUAGGCUUGAUGUAAGGGCGGGUUGGUCCCCAGAUGCAACCCUACCAAGACUAGAACGAGUAGGGAUCUCAGAGAUUGGGCAGCGCAUUAUCUACAGUCUACAGUGCAUUAGCGGCAAUCAUUGUCGCACCCGCCAGAUGGGUGCAAUGCCUGUUCCGCAUACCUGCCGAGACGUUAGCAACCCAACCGACAAGUGGGCUGGCACCUAUCAUGAUAGGGCAGCAAGAAUCGUCAUCUGAGUUCGACCAAUGUCAGAU